UCUCUCCAUUCAGGGAUUCCUGCGGAUUUUGCAGCCGCUUUGGGGUGCGUGGAGGAAAACCUCGCGGUCCGGCGUGGAGACGCUAUUGUUGAGAAGCCUAUCAUUGGCAAAGCAAGGCAGGCGGAUCCUUCAUCCGAGACCCACUUGGGGACCUGCAAUGCCAAAACGAGGAAAGAAGAAAGAAGUUGAAGUCCUUCCAGCAGAGAAGGAGGCAGCAGAACCAGAGCCUAAAAGGGCCAAAAAAGGUGGAGCAAAAGCAGAGAAAGAGGCUGAGGGUCCAAUCUUGUACCAAGAUCCUCCUGAUAAGCUCACUUCAUCCAGUGGCAAAAAAUAUACCUUGAAGGUCACUUCCUGGAACGUAGAUGGCAUCCGAGCCUGGGUCAAGAAGAAGGGCCUGGAGUGGGUAAACAAAGAGGACCCGGAUGUGCUCUGCUUACAAGAAACUAAGUGUGCAGAAAAACAGCUGCCUGCUGACAUUCGGGAUCUGGCCGAAUACCCCCAUAAAUUUUGGGCCUGUUCUAAUGACAAGGAAGGUUACAGCGGUGUGGCCCUGCUCUCCAAGAACAAACCUCUGGACGUCACCUAUGGGAUUGGUGAGGAAGAACAUGACAAAGAAGGCCGGGUGAUCACAGCAGAGUUCUCCUCCUACUUUCUGGUGACCACCUACGUGCCCAACGCUGGUCGGGGACUGGUGCGCCUGGAGUACCGCCAACGUUGGGAUGAGGCCUUCCGCUCUUACCUGGAAGGUUUGGCUGCCCGCAAGCCCCUUAUCCUGUGCGGGGACCUCAACGUAGCCCACCAGGAGAUUGAUCUGAAGAACCCCAAGGGGAAUAAGAAAAAUGCCGGCUUCACUCCAGAAGAGCGGGCUGGUUUCAGCCAACUGCUGGAAGCUGGCUUUGUCGACACUUUCCGCCACCUCUACCCCGACACCCAAUAUGCCUACACUUUCUGGACCUAUAUGAUGAACGCCCGGGCUAAGAACGUGGGCUGGCGGCUCGACUACUUUGUGAUCUCCAAAGGGCUUCAGGAAGGGCUGUGUGACAGCAAGAUCCGCUCCACAGCCUUGGGCAGUGACCACUGCCCCAUCACCCUCUACGUGGCCAUGUAACACAUGCAGACGAAGGCCCAAGCCUAUUGUAGCUUGAGCGGGAAAAGAAAAUCGGAGCUAAAAUUUAUGUGUAUGUC